UUUUCUUGCAUAUCUUGAUGUAUGAUCAUUUAAAAAAAUUAUGCUAUGAUAUCAAAUAUGCUCCAGUAUGCACUGGAUGAUACUUAAUAUUGCAGUCAUCCAGCACUAGAGAAAAUUAGCUAUUUAUUAUGGUAUUUCUGCUGUGCUACACAUUUCCUCAUACAGGAGUCCACACUAAUUGACUCCCACAAAGUCAUUAAUAUGUUUCUUUUCUCUGUUCAUUGGCUUGCUGUUAGCCUCCCACUUUUAAUCAAACUCAUCUCCACAUAGCAAUAAGAGUGAGGGGGUACCACAUCGAGCACUUACCAUCAAAAUAAUUGCCUGCAUACAUUGGUUCUGCCUCCCUGAGUUUCAUAUUGUUUUCUUUCAAUGGUCAUGAAACCUGAUAUGAGCAAUUGCUAUACUUUUGGACCCACACACACAUUCAGAGCUUUUCUGAGUUGCUCAGGAGGAAAGAGCAGGAGUGCAGGGAGUAGUUAAGAUAAAUGAUCUUCUUCUAGAUUUGUGAAUAAACUAAUUAAGACAUUUUCUCCACCCACUAAACAAUCAACAGCAGGAUUUAACCACCGAUCUCCCUCAGGUCACUAACUGCACACCCAGCAAACGGGGAAGUGGAGUCUUUACCUCUCAUAGAAGCAAAGCCAAUAUGAGUUUAGCAUGCUUUUUUUUUAAGUAUUAUGUUCUUGUUUUUUUAUUCAUAUCUUCAUGAGAGAGUUCAUGGGAAAUACAGCUGUCCUGAACGAGGUGGCAGCAAGGGACCAAUUAAACUGAUGUCCAGCAUGUUGCAGAAUGAAAAAAAUGUUUUUCCUGUGUAGAACAUGUUCAAAUGCAGUAAGGGCAGAUGAAAAGCAAGGAUGUUGGUGCUCUUUGGACUGUAUGAUUGACCAACCGUUAUAAGCCGUUUUAACAGUUAACUGCAAACUCCGCCUUAUGUGUUUGGAUUUUUGAUUAGUAAUAUUGCUGGUGGAGUUUCUCAGUCAUCCAGAUCAUGGUGAUCCAAAGGGGUUUGGAUGAAGGCAACUGUACUUGUUUGGUUUCAUGAGGAUGUUUCGCUUCUCAUCCAAGGAGCUUUGUCAAUUCUGAUUGGAAUAUGAGAGUUAAGCUUAUAAGCUGUAGCGGUCUGUUGUUAAACAACAACUACACAAUCGAAAGGCACAACACAGGAGAGCCACCUCUUCAGAUCAAGACUCUGCAGUCCACCUACACCUGAAGGACGAGGGACACACUUUUGAAAUGGCACAUUAUACAUUCUGGCCAGAGAAGAUAAAUGUUUUGAGAGAGGAGUAAAGGAAGUUAUCUAUGUCAAAUGGGUAAAACCUACAUUAAAUAGACCCUUUUACUGUUUGUAAACAAUAUGACGUCAGCGAGAAUGCGCGCACAGCUUGGCAACAGAGAAUGGCGUUGUUUCAGGCUUUAUCAAGCUACGCUGCGGGGUUAUCACCGGCAAAUCUUGAAUGUUAUAUUAUUAAAGUCACUUUAACGAAUGGCAACAGACUCCCGGAUCCCUGUGGCAUUACGGAAUGGGUGGAAGAUGUAGGUGCGUGGCCAGAUAUCCAGUGGCCCGAUAUAUAUUUACGUUUUUAGUGCAGAGGCCCAGUAAGUACACACAUGAGAAGCUACGGGCAUACAAAUCGUUAGAUGCAUACAACUAUGUUGUCUGUGGCCACGUACAUAAAGUAAAAUAUCACGACAUAGACUCUGAGUUUUGCGUCUUGAAGGCAGAAGUCCUUCCUAGCCAAAGACAAGGACACAAGACUGCUAUGUACGAGGCUUGGGUCAUAGUAAACAAACCAGAGAACUACGUACCUGCAUGGCAGGGUGAGUAUAGCAUAGGUUUCUUUUUUUAGCGUGCUCAGAGUACAAUCGUGUUAAUUUUUAGAGAAAUACAGUUUAUACUAAUAUGCAGUGGGAAAAUACAGAUGAAUUAGAAUGAAAUGUUAAUUUGAUGCAUGAAAUAAAGCGUAUAAAUUUGUUUAAUUCUGUCAUUUUGAUGUUCCAGACUUGGGUCAUGCUGCAGCCAUGCAGCAGCAAUUUUAUUCAAAGUUGAGCUUUGUGUUAGGAUGGGAAAAACAGAAAACCUCGCCUGUAAAUAAAUAGACUGCUUAAAAGUAAACCAGCAAACGCAACUUACUUUAUUUAAUAGAACACGCGUUAACCAGCUUUCUGGUGUAAUCUUAGUACAUAAUUACCUUACCUGAUAUAAAAUGGGCGCUACAAACUCGAGCAUUUCGGAUCGUGUUUUCAGUCGUUUUCAUCAACCCUUUUGAUGGCCUGCAGCCACAGACGCCUCCGAUUUUGUUGAAAUGGAUGUGCUCCCUUCGGAAUUCUGUAAAGUUUCAGUCCACUGCUUGAAGAGAAGCGAUUCUGGCAUCCAUACACGCAACAACCCGACAUUUUUAUGUGCUCAGAACUUCAAAACAAAGGGUUUAAAAUGCUGUUUUAGUAUCGAGUGUGAAUGAGGAAGCCUUCACUCUCGUUGCCAGGCUGCGCGCGCAACUUUUGAUGACGUAGGUAGUAAAAGGGUCUAUAAAGGAGGAGGACUCGGGUUUCACCUUUCCAGCACCAACAAUGCAGCUCUAAACCUAAUUCCCAAGCUGUUUCAAUCAAGGUCAUAUCCUCCUGCAUCUAAUCAACACGACCCCCACACCAUAGAGGCUAACAACUCAUCAGGGUGUGGAGAGGAUGGGUAUUCAUAAGUAGUUUCUGCUCGUGAAGCAACAACAGACAGCUACAGUUUAUAAGCUUGACUCUCCCAUAUUCCAGUCAGAAUUGACAAAACUUCCCGAAUGAGUAGAGAAACGUCUUCAAGAAGCCAAAGAAAUGCAGUUGUCCUCAUCCGAAACCUUUUGGAUUACUAUAACGUUGAAUUUCUAGGUUUUAGGUCAACUGCUUCACCACUAUGGAAUUAUUUAUACUUGUUUUUCUUGGAUUGUUAUAAGUGCAGAAAACCGGUAACCUCACAAGAUAUGCUCUAUAUGUGAAUACAUAGUCUGGCCAUGACCCGUAGUCAGAGCUCAGUCGUGGGGCGAAAUGUACAGUUCUAUUUUAAACUACCUCUGCAUGCUAUUGGACUACAAACAACAUGAUGUACUCAUCGCUACUGAUGUCAAUCAAAGGGGCCGUCCACCAUACACUGUUGAAGAAGACGAAAACACAUCCUUUGUCUAAAAACAGAACUUAAGUACCUCCAUCUACUCAUGACUCAAAGAAAAGCCCAAGUCUAAAUAGUUCAUAGUUGAUGCCAAUGCCAUUUCAAACAAGCCAUCGCCAUCUUUGUUUUGUUGUUCAGUCGCAGUAACAUCCCGCCCACCAAACUGAUGGAGCGCUGUGAUUGCCGAGACACACAACUGGUCUGGUCUGCUCUUCUAAUGAAGCGUGGCUAGACAAAUCCAUUUUCUUGUGUUACGAUAUGUCUAGAUUUCUAGGGUAGCAAACCACCGUUUGCAUCGGCCGAAUGUUUUGUAAUAAAAUGAUGCAUUUAAAUUCAACAUGCAUUUCUUGGAGGAAAUAACGAAAAUAUUGUUUUUGCUAAAAUGAGAAAUAAUUUAACAGAACUGCAUACAAGCAAAACAAAAGCCUUGCAGCAAAUUAAAGACCACAGAAAGGGUUUGAAAAAUAUAAUAAUAUUGGCUUUUCCACUGUGGUGUCAUUCAUUUUUACAUAAUAUGGUUUUCAAAUGGGACUUGAUUAAUUUUAUUUCAAAAUAUUUUAUCUAAUUUUCAGCAUCCAUUUUGUUUCAUAAGCAUCUGAAGGAUAAUAACAAAGAAUAAUAAGUUAAAAUGUAAAAACUAAAACAAAAAGGAAGCUGGGAUGUCAUCAUUGAUUCCAGGAUUCUAUAAUGCAUGUCCAAGUGCAGUUCACUUUUGUGUAGCACUAAAGUUAGAUUCAAAUUAUUUUAUAUUGAUUUCUGCAAGGUCCGCAUAAUUUUUCAAGUAAGUAAAAUAUGCAAUUUGUGUGGCCUUAUUGUACUCCUUGUCACAUGUGGCAACAUAUGUCUUCAAUAUAUUUACAACAAAAUAUAUUGUGCUUUAGCUCCAAUUAGAAAGCAACCAGCCAGGAUAAGUGAUGGCAGUUGUUGGAUGCUGUACAGUGUGUGUUUUGGUUGAGCAAGAUAGAGAGGUCCUGCUGGCAUUUCUGUCAAAGCAACUACUUUUCUUUGUCUGCUGGUUUGACCAUUGCCCUACUUUGCCGGCAGCAUCCUAUUGUGAAAACAAUUUUAUUUUGCGACACGGCCUCCUCAUAGAUGAGUGAUAUCUCUCCUGUGGUGAGGAGCAGGAUUAAUUUAUUUCACCAACACUAUGUAGAAAGAUAGCAAAAGGGAAGCUGGAGGAUAGCAACCUGUGUGAGUUUACCAAGGAGCAUCAGGCGUUGUGGGACGGUAUUGCAUUUGCCUGGUGUGUGGGGGGCUGGCUGGAUGCCUCAUACAUGAUUAUGUGUCUCAUCGGUUUUAGCCCUGUGUCGGUAAUCUGCUUGUAUGGAGAUAGAGAACACACAACCUUCCUAAAUAAUGCAAAUCUGCUGCUAGGCAUGACUUUGUGUUUCUUUCCAAAUAUCCCUCUUUUCCAUGGCUUCACGCCAUCUUUAUUUGCCUUUCUUUUUCUCUUUUAUUCUCUUUCUGUCACAAAUAUAAAUCAAGAUUAAGUAUUCUCUAAACUCCUGCAUAACAAUAAUCUAAACCACCCUCUGUAUCAAAUCAAUGUGUGUGUGUGUGUGCAUGUGUGUGCAUGCGCGUGUUUGUGCAGUAAAGGGAUCAAUCCUUCUAUAAGCCUGAUGAUCACUGGUUUGAUAAAGCAGUUUAUGUCGUGAGGGUGUGAUGCAUCACCACUUGGAUGAAAUUUUAAAUUACAAACUAUUUUAGAUUCUAGUUUAUAUCUGAGACAGAUUUGUUGUUGUGAUUGUAGCAGAACAUAAUGGAUUGUGUCUCCUAAGGACUGGUGAAAAAAAACAAAAACAAAUGGACAUACAGAUUAGGAAUGAUUGAGAUAUUAUUCAGUCAAAGACAUCACCCAGAAAGUUUGAUACACACAUUAAAUGUGCCCUCUUGUUUUGUUUCUACAGAGAUUCUUCAAGGAGGGGUUUAUGUUGACCAGAACAAGUUCCUCUGCCAUGCAGACACAAUCCACUGGCAGGACAUUGUCAAGGAUCCAAAAGAGCAUCCCGUUGUAGUGCCCACGAACAGUAGUGUCACAUGUCAAAAGUGCCAUCGUUCCUGUAACGGCCGUUGUUGGGGUCCCAAGGCAGAUCAGUGUCAAAGUUUAACUAAGACGGUGUGUGCUGAACAGUGUGACGGGCGGUGCUUUGGCUCCUAUGUAAGUGACUGCUGCCAUCGUGAGUGUGCAGGUGGCUGCUUUGGCCCCAAGGACACCGACUGUUUUGCUUGCACAAACUUCAAUGACAGUGGGGCAUGUGUCACCCAGUGCCCUCAGCAGUCUGUCUACAACCCUAACACCUUCCAAGUGGAACACAAUCCCAGAGCAAAAUAUACCUACGGAGCUUUCUGUGUUAAGAAGUGCCCUCAUAACUUUGUGGUGGACCGCAAUUCCUGUGUAAGAGCAUGUCCCAGUAAUAAGAUGGAAGUGGAGGAAAACCACAUUAAAAUGUGCAUUUCCUGUACUGACAUCUGUCCAAAAGCUUGUGAUGGAAUUGGUACAGAAAGCCUGCAGACAGCUCAGACUGUGGACUCCAGCAACAUUGACAAGUUUAUUAACUGCACCAAGAUCAAUGGAAACCUGGUCUUCCUUAUUACUGGGAUCAAGGGAGAUGUCUAUCACAACAUUGAAGCUCUGGAUCCAGAAAAACUGAACGUAUUCCGCACAAUUCGGGAAAUCACAGGUUACCUCAACAUCCAGUCCUGGCCCGACAACAUGACAGACUUGAGUGUUUUCUCCAACCUGGCAACUAUUGGAGGAAGGGCACUGUACAGCGGGAUCUCGCUGCUGGUGUUGAAGCAGCAGGGCAUUUCAUCGCUGCAGCUUCAGUCCCUAAGAGAGAUAAGCGCCGGGAAUGUUCACGUUGCAGAAAACAGCCAGCUCUGCUACUACAGCACCGUCAACUGGACGAGAUUGUUCCGCGCAGCGAACCAAAAGGUUCUGAUCCGCAACAAUCGAAGCCCACAGGAAUGUUCCAGAGAGCGAAUGGUGUGCGACCCUCUGUGUUCAGAUGAUGGGUGCUGGGGUCCAGGUCCAGACCAGUGCCUGUCCUGCCGCCACUUUAGCCGUGGACGAAUCUGCGUAGAUUCCUGCAACCUUUAUGAAGGGGAUUUUCGAGAGUAUGCCAAUGGGUCGGUGUGUGUGGAGUGUGAUGCCCAGUGUGAACGAGCAGAUGACUCUUUGACCUGCCAGGGCCCGGGCCCAGAACAUUGUGUGAAAUGCCUGCAUUUCAAGGACGGUCCAAAUUGUGUGGAAAAGUGUCCCAAUGGCUUGCAAGGUGCCAACAGCUUCAUCUUCAAGUAUGCAGAAAUAAACAAUGAAUGCCAUCCCUGCCAUUCCAACUGCACCCAGGGGUGUAUUGGACCAAGACUUCAAGACUGUAUUGGCUGGAUGGAUAGAACCCCUCUGAUUGCAGCAGGAGUGAUCGGUGGCCUCUUCAUGGUGGUGAUCAUGGCGUUGAGUGUGGCGGUAUCCGUGCGCCGGAAGAACAUUAAAAAGAAGAGAGCCCUUCGUCGAUUUUUGGAGACAGAGCUGGUGGAACCUUUGACACCCAGUGGAACUGCUCCGAAUCAAGCCCAGCUUCGCAUUCUCAAAGAAACAGAGCUUAAACGCAUUAAGAUCCUUGGCUCCGGCGCUUUUGGAACAGUUUACAAGGGAAUUUGGGUCCCAGAGGGUGAAACUGUGAAAAUUCCUGUGGCCAUCAAGAUCCUCAGUGAAGCCACUGGACCCAAGGCUAAUGUGGAGUUCAUGGAUGAGGCUUUGAUAAUGGCUAGCAUGGAGCACCCUCAUCUGGUCCGACUGUUGGGCGUCUGCCUUAGUCCUACGAUCCAGCUGGUGACACAACUGAUGCCACACGGCUGCUUGCUUGACUACGUCCACGAGCACAAGGACAACAUCGGAUCACAGCUGUUGCUCAACUGGUGCGUCCAGGUAGCCAAGGGAAUGAUGUAUCUGGAAGAGCGCAGGCUGGUCCACAGAGAUUUGGCGGCCCGAAACGUUUUGGUCAAAUCUCCAAACCACAUCAAGAUUACAGACUUUGGCCUGGCUCGGCUGCUGGAUGUCAAUGAGAAAGAAUACAACGCUGAUGGAGGGAAGAUGCCCAUCAAAUGGAUGGCUUUGGAGUGUAUCCAUUACAGGAAGUUCACUCAUCAGAGUGAUGUUUGGAGUUACGGUGUAACGAUAUGGGAGUUGAUGACCUUUGGAGGAAAACCAUAUGAUGGAAUUCCCACUAGAGAAAUUCCUGAUCUGCUAGAGAAAGGAGAGCGUCUUCCUCAGCCACCAAUUUGUACCAUUGAUGUCUACAUGGUCAUGGUCAAAUGCUGGAUGAUUGAUGCAGACAGCCGACCCAAGUUCAAGGAGCUGGCAGCAGAAUUCACUCGGAUGGCUCGAGAUCCCCAGCGAUACCUGGUCAUCCAGGGUGAUGACCGCAUGAAGCUGCCCAGCCCCAACGACAGCAAGUUUUUUCAGAACCUCUUAGAUGAGGAGGAGCUGGAGGACCUGAUGGAUGCUGAGGAGUACCUGGUUCCCCAUUCAAUCAACAUUCAACCACUGGCAUACACCCCUCGCACAUGCAUCGACUCCAACAAGAACCAAUUUGGCUGCCAGGAUCCCAGUUUCAGCAUGGAGGAUAUGCUGGCCACUCUCCCUAGAGUGGCUCCCUCAGCAUGUGGAAGCAGCCAUCCUCCCCAGGAACUCACUGUGGGGGGGCAGAUUAGUGGCGGAUUUGGCCGAGGCAACCAGGGUGACCCUCGUUGCAAUGGUACCCUGCGGAAACAGUCGUCCCCAAGGUCAAACAGGCUCGGAGCUGGUUCAGCUCUCAAUGCAGGACAAGGUGGAGGGGAAGACAAGAGCGGACAGCGCUACAGUGCAGAUCCCACCGGUCUUUUAGCAGAACGAGGUGAAAAAGGAGAAAAUAACUUCAUGACGGUCAAGAGAGACAAGAAAACUUCAGAUUUUCACCCUGUUGAGGAGAACCCAUUCGUCACACGUCGUAGAAAUGGGGAUGCCCACGUAGUGGUAGAUGGAGCAAGUUACCACACCUUACACUUAGCUGGCGCUGCUGCUGCCCCCACAAACCAGUCCUCCCAUGUCGACGAUGAGUAUAUCAGUGAGCCACUGUACCUGAAUACAUUCUUUAACCCUGGGGACAAAAAUGGAUUAGCUGGUGCAAUUUCCAUCUCUGGUUCCACAUCAUCAGCUGCAAAAUCAGUCCUGCAGACAGGAAACCCCUCCACAUCAAGCCACAUCAUUUCCCCUUCUGGAUAUGUUCUAACCCCCGGCACAAUCUCCGGGCCACCGUAUCCAUCACAAACCUUGCAUCCGGGGCAUUCAGGACAAACUCUGCACUCAGGCAUUACCAGCAACACGAUGAUGUUUGAUAAAAAAGGCAAGAAAGCCACUUUUGACAAUCCCGAGUAUUGGCAGCACAGUCUCCCCCCUAAGUCCACAUUGCACAACCCCGAGUACCUGCAGGACUGCAGCACACGUUUCUUCUACCGGCAGAAUGGACGCAUUCGCCCUGCUGUGGCUGAAAACCAGGAAUAUUUGUCUGAAGGUGCCAUGAAGGCUGGAAAUGUAUUGCCACCCCCUCCGUACAGGCAGAGGAACACUGUGGUGUAGUGACCCACCUGGAGGGAUGAACAGAGAGAUGUUAGGUGAUGAUAAAUGGUCAUGUCUUUUAUAUGGCGUACUUCCCCAUCUGGGUUCCCCUUGCACCUUCUCUGAACACACCUUUUUUGUCCCACCUUAUCACAGACUCACGCAUGAGUCUGCCUUUUUAUGACAAAACUACAACACUGUUCUCUGAUGGUUUCAUUCAGGAAUCAGACCAUCUCUGUCAACGUGACCCCUCAAGCGUCGGCAUCUUUAGCAACAACUCUUGAACAGACAAAUACGAGAUGUUAUUAGAAGAAAAGAAGUAAAUCAGAAGUUACCCUAAAGAGGAGUGUUUUCAUGACCCUAGAACACUAACUAAUGCAUCCAUAAGUCAUUCCUCAUCUUAUGCAUUUCUGUCCAGUUACAGUGUUUUGUUUAAACACGAGUUUUGUGUGGGUGCAGCUUUUCAUGUGUUUUGUCUUGACUGCAGCAAACCUGUAGACAUGUUGAAAAGGGCAGAUAAGUUAUCCGUGACUGCCCACACAUUUCUUUGACUUUUACAUUUUUUUUCUUUUUCUUUUCAUAAUUCAAUACAAACAUUUGCACAUGCUUGGAUCAUACCUGGAAUACAUUUACAGAUGGGAAAUGUGGACUCCUUAAUCUUAAACAUACAUUGGUUCACCUUGUGCUGAAAGGGCAAAUGUGCAGAGAAAAGUGGUGCAGUGCAUGAAAAGGGUCUAAAUGAAUGGAAAUGUUGCCUCAUUGCCUGGUGGAGAGAUUUUAGUAAUUAUGUCCGAUCUGGGUUGAGAAAUAAAUAUCUGAUUUAACAGAAGAUAAAGUUAAAGUCCCAUAGUCAUUAUCACACACUGGUGAAAUUCAUCUCCGCACUUUACCCAUCCCCAUGGAGGGGAGCGGCGAGCUGCAGCGGUGGCCGCACUCGGGAACUAUUUGGUGGUUUAACCCCUCUAAUACUAGAGUGAAGCAGGGGGGAAUUGAGUCCCAGUUUUAAGGUCUUUGAUAUGACCUGACCGGGAAUAAAACCGCGAUCUUCCAGUCCCAGGGCGGACAAUCUACCACCAGGCCACUGAGCUGGUGAGAGUAAAGAUGACCCUUUAAUUAUGACUUUUGCAUUUUAGUCAUGAUUCCAAUCUAUUAAAACUUUUGGAGAAAAAGAGAAAAAAUAGUUUUCACCAUGCAGAGUAGCAUUUUCUCUUUGAUUUUCUCUUUCUUUUACAUCGGGAAUCUGUUUCCUUUGUUGUGAUUUCUUACAGUGGACUGUAAUUUUUACAAGUGAAGAUAAAAACAGCACAGGCAACCAGCACCAAAAGAGCACUCUGGAUAUGGCAGAAUGGCCAAUCAUUUGGAGCUGUAAAUAAGCCAAUUAUAUGUCAUUACAAAGCAGACACAAUUGUAGGGAAAGAUGUAAACGUACAUCAAAGAUGAGCAUAAAAGUUGUUUUGCACCACAAUGUUAUUAUUAUUUUAAUGUCCUCAGUGUUCAGAAUGAGCUUUUGUCUAAAUGGACUUGUUAGGGAUGAGGACCUGCCAAAACUCUGAAGACACCUUCAUUACAAUUCUAUAUUCAGAAUCAAAAAAUAAAAUUAAACAUUCAAAAAUGUUAUUUUGAAUGCUGAAAAAUUGCUGUUAGUCACUGAAUUUACUAAUGGCUUUCUGUAUUCAUGCAAUACUGCCAGAUGUCACAUGUAAAUGUAUUGAAAGCCUCUUGCAUUUAUCAUCAAAUUACUUGUGAUUUGUGUGCAGCUGAUAAGUUAAUAGCACUUAAUAGGAGAGUUAAUUUACUUCAAUGAAAUCAAUUAAUGAAAGAGGUACUCUAGUGUUUUUAGGUUGCACAUGUUGUGAUGAUGGUAAAAGCAUUAGAGGCUUAGAUUCGCUUAACUAAUGACAAAAGUUUAGGGUACAUUUGCAAAAUCUUUAAUUAAUAUAUCUAAAAUGCAGUGUCUCUGUAUAAAUCUUUUCACCUCAAAUACAAUGUUAUUUAAGCUGCUAUAGCGAAUCUGCAAGCAAGCUAGGUUUUGAAUGCAAACAUGGGGACAGGACACUCUGCCCUCCCCUCAGAUGUCUUUACUGGUUCUGCGUCCACCUGAACCAGAAACCCACCAUACAAACACAAAUACAGGCCAUUUACAAUGCCGGUGGAAACAAAAGAGCGCAAAACAGCAGUCGCUGUUUUUCUAGGUCCGAACGUCUUUCAUUUUCAAGUUGUGUUUUUAUUUUGAGACUUUAGUAGGUUGUCCUAAAGUUGAAGUGGUAGCAGCCGGCUGUGUCUUCUUCUCUGAUAUUAAUGAGCGGCUAACCUCUCAUACCAGUGGUGUUCUGUUUUAAAUGUGUGAGCGCAUAAUGAAUGGAGGACCCAAGGAAGUGUGGUGAUUGAGUGAGACAGACAAACCAAUGGUCUAAUAGUCUAAUAAUUUUCUGUCCGAACCGUGUUAUUGGCAGAGGUUUUCAGACAAAUGAGAGGGCAGGGGCAGUCCUAGAUCGUUUGGUGUCCUCGGCAAACAUUUUCUCAUGCCCAUUUGACCCCACCCCACCCCACCCCCCACCCCCCACCCCCCCUUUGAUGCCACACUGGGUCAUUGCCCAGGUCACUCUUAUCAAAAACUGCUACUGUGUGAGCCAUUAAAUUGUUUUAGUUUUAUCUUUCUAAAAUAAUUCUAGCUAUACUUUGUUACAAUAUUAAGAGGCAUGAAAACAAAUGUUUGAAGCUAAUUUGUUUUCUAAAUUUGCUAUUGCAGCUUUAAUUUUCUUGUUUUGUUAGCUCUGUCUGCUUUUUUAAAUUGUUUUUAUUUUUGUAUGAGACAUUCACAAUUCACCACUUUUUGACCCCUAACUCACCACAAAAUUGUUGAUCGAGAAUGUCAUGAUCGAAAAAGCUCGCGAUUUAAAGAUGGAGGUUUAGUAAAUGAAAAAGGGGCUGGGCAUUUAAGUUUAUAUAGCCUAAAUAAACUAUAUUCAUGUAGGUUUUUAUGUUGUGGUGUGACGUGAAAUGCACCUUUUUAAGUGGUUCAUGUAUCCAACUCCUUCAAACAUUUAGUCUCUUUUUUUGCUGUAGUGAACACCAUUACAACAGAGUGUGCUUCGCUACUGUCUCGUGGUGUUUUCUUUGCACAUUUCAGAUCAAGUCUUUUGGACUUCAAAGCACAAUGGAAGCUGAUGCUUGUUGGAAAGCCUGUGCAUUGAAUUUAGACACUAAAGAUUUUUGAACAAAUGUCCGUCUCUGGUGAUUUGGGAAGUGAAAGUGGGUUGUCAAAUGCCUGGAAUGGCCCGUGUAGUGAAAGACUCAUUGGAUUUUUCAAAUUAGCUUGAUGGACUUGCCAGAAUAUUUACUAAAUCACAAUAUAUUGUUACGCAUCAAUGCACAAGCACUGUUAGACAACCUAGUGCCUCUAUAGAAUAGAUUAUGAUAAGCAGCGCUGAAGAUUUACUACUGUACAAAGCACAGAUGUUGGCCCGGCACAGUGUUUUCUCUGCCUCUCAGGUUUUACGGGGAAUAAUAAUCAUCCAGAUGAGCUCCAGCCGAGGCAGGAGUUGCCUACUCAUAACAGGAUAAUAAACUUACUGAAAUUAAAGUAUAAUGGAGGGAAGAUUAAUGCUGUAAUACCGUAGAAGAAAAACGUGCAACCUAAAGAAAAUGUAAAUUUUAUACAGAAUUUUACAUUAAGUACAGUUUAUGAAGGCUUUGUUCUUUUUCUAAUUAAAUUUUAUUUAUAUACUUCAGAUAUCUCUGAGGUUGUGCUUGGUCUACUGAUUUUUCUUUUUGUUCACUUAUAUCCGUGUGUGGGGUAGACCUACUCUCCCUCUUUGAAAGUUAGCUGUGGAAGCUUAUCACCCAUGACGUAUUCCUGUGCUUAUAGAUCACUGCAAGGCCAUGAAUCCAAGAUGAGCAGCAGAGUCACCAUGAGACUUCUAAAUGGAUCUCUGUGGAAAAGUAAAGCCAAUCUGUUGAAGAGAAACCCUGGUGGUGCUCUCACCUGGCAACCCUCGCUGGGGCUUUUAGCAUCUUUGAAUGCUAAUUCUACUUUCACUUGUUGUUCUGUGGGGAAAUCAUGUUACUCAACUUCCCACCCAGCGCACCAUCUGAGAAACCCUGAGCAACAGGCAAUAGGUUGUAAUCCUGAUGUGAGGUUAAAACAACGGUAUUAGCAUUCAAGAUGUGUUACCCAACCAAUGCAUCAAUGUUACAAAAGCCAGCACUGUAACCGGCCGUGGAGCAGAGUAAAACUGCCAUUCUUUAUUCUCCUCAGAGGUGAUCGGUGGAUUGUACGUAGUAAAUGUUGUUCUACAGCAGUCACAAAGGGAAUAUUCAUCACGAUCACUGUUUACUAAAGAAGCGGUUACCGUUUAAAUAAUGACUACGCACUGAGAUCUCUGAUACAUUUAUUUAUUUGUUUGUCAUAUUUUGAUGUAAAAAAAUUAUAUCUUGUGUUAAUUUACUGUAUUUUUUUAUAUUUUUUCUUCAGGGUCAGAUAUUGUACUUUUGCUUCAUAAAUAAUGAUAUACAGUUGCAUCAUUAUGUAUCAGUCAUGUUCUGAUUUAAUCUCCAUUGAGACUGCUGGCUGUGUAAAGAAAUUAAUAGAAGUUAGGUGUUUUGUUUUGAACUCGAGUCCAUAUGGAAAGUGCAUGUAUGUGCCAAAAAAUAAUAACAAAAAAUGCUGUCACGGAUUAUCCAACAUAAUUUGAUGACCAUGUUUACUCAUUUUUUCAACACAUUUGCAGUGGUCUCUAGUAUAAAUGAAACCUUGUGAGUUGUACUUAGUCUUUAGAGAAAGAUCUGUCACUUCUGCUUCAGGAAGUUUUAUCUCCACAACUAACACAUGUCAGAAGGAAUUGUUCCAGGUUGUAGAGUUGCUAAUGCUAACGGUUACCUUCUACUAGCUGAGACAUGCUGUGUCUUCCUCAUCACGAGCCAAUUAAUGCUAAUGUUUAACGUGGCAUACAAUUGCCAGACUAUUCUAUUCCGAGCACUUAUCCAUUUUCUACGGACGGCUAAUGCAGGUAAUAGGGGUAGAAGUCUAUUUUUACUUCCAAAUUGUGGUUCUUUUUAAAACACAGGAAAUGUUUUUCUUUACCUUGCUGACGUAAAUUCCGUUUGCCGACUGCAAAACAUCCUCAGAGCUGACUCUGAUGGUGGCGUCACUUCCUACUCCGUUUAUCCGUGGGCAGCAGAGGACGUUGUCGCCCUCUGCUGCCCGAUCUCCCCUCUCCGAUGAUGCAGUCCCAUGCGCGAUCCAACGUGUAAACUCCAUCAUCCAUGUCUCCUUAUCUCUAUGGCUUCCUUUAUCCAUCUUUUGUGUUUCUGUUUUUCGGUGUUUAUGAUCCUUGUGUUGUCCCAGUCCAUUGUAUGGUUUUCUCUUGUGCAGUGAUCUGUUACGGCUGACUUCUUUAUUGUGCUUUAUGCACAAGAAAAAAAAGUUUGCUUUUUUUUUUGUUACUGUCAAGGUGGAGCCUGGAAGUAAAAUUCAGAUGGAUAUGUCUUUGGAAGUGAAGCAAAGUGCUAAAAUAGAGUGAAAAUUGACACGGCCUACACUAGUUUGAGGAAGCUGAAGGAGGGUAUGAAAUCACGGACUGAUGCUGACCUGGCUUUGUUGCGACUGGACUUUUUUAUUGAUUUGUACCUCAUUUAGUAUCAGUUGGCCCAUGUUAGUGUUAGCUUGUUGCUAGUACUAGUGCUAGCCACAGCAGGCUGCUGCAGGGUUGUUUACGACAGUUGUAAUUCCACUUUCAACCAGUAGGAUGGAGAAGCUGGAAACUGUUUAGUGUUACUUUAAACUCAGAGUGACUGAUCAUAUUUAAAAAAUAGCAAGUAAAAAUGGUGUAUCAGUGAACCUUGCCUUUAAGAACGAUUUUACAAAAUCUGUAAUAUUUAAAAUUUUUACCGCUACAGGUCUGACCUCACAGUUGAGACCAAGUUUUGAACUGUUGAAAUAUUUAACAAUGUUUAAUUGCUCAACAUGUUGGAUUAAAACAUGUCAGUUGAUAGAAUGUCAACAAUAAGUACCAGUACAAGUCAUGCUUACGUUAUGAAAAUAGUCUUUACUAUUCUAACAUUUUGAUGCACAGCUGUUUAGGCUUUGAAUAAUACAAAAUAUGAAUUCCUCCAAAUCAAAAGUUGAGUCAGUUUGCCAACCGUAGUUAGUUGGACCUUUGAAAUGGGACAUUCCUUGUCUGUCCGUAAAGACCUUGCUUGCCUAGAAAUGAGGACUUUGGAGGUUUUAACUGUUGAUCUGGGACAGAGAGGCUAUAUUUACAGAAUCUGCUCUAUUUCUAUUAUUUGAAUAUUCAUUUCAUUAAAACCUUUUAAACAGCACAGAUUAAUCCAAUCCAACUUUGGUUUGAAUGGCCUCACUAUUUUAGAGAAUCCCAUUAAAUUUCAAAUACAAUUAUCAGUUAAAUAACCCAACUAGAGAUGGCUUUGAAAAAGCACUGUUGAUUUUCAAAGGAAAUAAAAACACAAAGCAGUGCACAAAAAGUAAUCCUACCACUGAUGGUGUGAUGUUUUGCACUGAUUUGUAAUAAAUGUAAACAUGUCAAUACCAUCAGGAAUGGGGUUGAAAAUAGCGGUUAAGUAAGCACAGUCUACGGUGAAAGAAACUGAUGAUAAAACUGUAAAAUGGAAAUAAUUGUCUUUUGGUCAGAAGAUUUUAAACAAGAGCUGCUCAAUGAUUUUACAAGAAAAUUAAAUAAACAAACUUAAAAAACAUGUAUAAUAUUUUUAUAACUACAAUAAAGUUUCCCCAGGCAUGUCUGUAAAUUGAGGAUUGCUCUGCUGAUGAUUUUGUUUCUAGAUUUUGUUUUUGUUUUUCUUGCUUUACUGCAAUUAUGUGGCAUACUGUUUCCUAAUGUUUACUUUGGGAAUUUGUUGUAUGUAUAUAAAUAUACAUAUAUGGUAAAUAUAAAUAUAUAUAUAUAUAUAUAUUCUGUAAAUGCAAUUUUAGAAGUAAACUCUGAUGUUCCCAGCGCCCUCGGGGUGUUGUCACCCACCUCCCCAGUCAUCCCCCUGUGAUGUUGUGAUGGUGUUCACCCACACAGCUUGGUGGAUUUUGUGUUUUCAGACUCUGCUUUUGCUCAUUUUGUAGAACUGACUUUGCUUCUUUUUACUGAAUAUAUUUUACACACAUUACCUUUCACACUUCCUUCAGCAUUAUCCACCUCUUAAACUCCUUUGGUUCUGCCGUUUUGUACACAUGUUUUUGCAAUGUUAUGAAUAUUCAGUAUGGCAUUCCUAAAUCCACCAGUGUCACUUUACAUGCUGAAUUUGGAGGACCUACAUUGUACAAUAUCUUGAGUACAUUCUGUUCUUACUUACCUCAGCCAAUGUUUUUUUUUUUUUUUUGAUUAUUUGUUUUUUUUGGGUGAAAAAUAGGCCAAUACUUAUUUAAAGGUGUAGCAAUAUCAUGUUAGGGGCCCAAAACUGAUGUUAUAUUUAAAAAAAAGGAAACAGUUAGCUUGAGCAGAAUUUUUUAUUUCAUGUUAUUUGCUUGCACAGGUGAAGCCUGGCUUUUCAAGAACUCGCUCUUUUGCAGGAAAUUAGCAUUCUCAAUUCGUGGGAUCUUCAAAUGACUUUUGGGGCCCGUUUUCCACCACUGUGUGAUGUGAAAACUGCCACCAAAAUCAUCCUACUACUUUUUUUAACUGUAGCAAUUAGGUCUGCAUCAAUCAAGUAGUGAGGGUUAGGGUUGAUUUUACCAACUGAAACUGAAGGGUGUGGAUUUAUUGUGUAAACUUGGUCGCUCAGAAAGCUUUUCUUGCAUCAUGUUUUACCUGCAGCCUCUUUUUUUAUUAUUUAUGCAGUGAACCAAACCAACGACUGUUUGUGUGUCGUUUUCUGACAAUGUUGUGUUUCUAACCACGACACAUGUUGGGUUAUCUGAUUAGUUCUGAAUAUAGACAGUAUUUUACCCCAUAAAUGUUGCAUUCUGUAGGCUAAUUGUACAGUUAGAACUCCUGGCUUUUGCAUCCAAUGACUUUGGUGGCAACCCUGUAUUUUACAAAUUUAAGCAUUUACAUGUUUAUGUGGGAGUCGGGGAAGGGGGGGGGGGGUUGUUCUGUUCACUGAUGUAAACUGAAGUUUGGAAGAAAGGGCAUUCUGUCAUGAACUCAUCGGUUCUUUGUACUGACUAAUUAGAUGGAUUGACAGCUAAGUUUCAUAGGACGUACUUUGUCACAUUAACAGUUUUACAUGAUUCUUCAAAUUGACAUUUUUCCUCCAGCUACAACAUUAAAAUACAUAUUCACUCUGUUUUGUUACAUGGAUCUGUCAAAAGUAUAUUUUUAAUUCAAUUCAAAUAAAGAUCUGUCAAUAUUUA